AUGAAGCCUCUUGUUCUCUUGGUUCUUGUGAUCUGUACUGUAGUCAGCAUGAAUUUGAAGCUCGUGUCAAAGAGAAAUUCUGUUGAUGGUUGCAUUGACUGGUCAGUGGAUCUCAAGACAUACAUGGCUUUGGCAGGUGAACCAGUCCGAGUGAAAUGUGCCCUUUUCUACAGCUAUAUCAGAACUAAUUAUAGCAUGGCCCAAAGCACAGGUCUUAGGCUUAUGUGGUACAAAAACAAAGGAGAUUUAGAAGAACCCAUUAUAUUUUCUGAAGUUAGGAUGAGCAAGGAUGAAGAUUCAAUAUGGUUUCACUCGGUUGAGUUGCAAGACAGUGGUUUCUACACAUGUGUUCUAAGAAACUCAACAUAUUGCAUGAAGGUGUCCAUGUCUUUGACGGUAGCUGAGAAUGAAUCUGGGCUUUGCUACAACAGCAAGAUCAGAUAUCUGGAAAAAUCAGAAGUCACUAAGAGAAAGACAAUCUCCUGUCCUGAUAUUGAGGAUUACAAAACAGCCAGUCAAGAGCCAGAUGUGGUGUGGUACAAGGAAUGUAAGCCAAAAAUGUGGAGAAGCAUUGUAAUUCAAAAGGGAAAUACUCUCUUAAUACAAGAGGUCCAGGAGGAAGAUGGAGGAAAUUAUACCUGUGAACUGAAGUUUGAAGGCAAGCUUAUACGAAGAACAGUUGAAUUGAAGGUUACUGCUUUACUCACAGACAAACCUCCAAAGCCAUUGUUCCCCGUGGAGAACCAGCCAACUGUUAUAGAUGUCCAGCUGGGAAACCCGCUGACUGUGGCCUGCAAAGCUUUCUUUGGAUUCAGUGGAGAAUCAGGCCCCAUGAUCUACUGGAUGAAAGGGGAAAAAUUCAUAGAAGAAUUAGAAGGUCACAUUAGAGAAGGCGAAGUCAGACUCCUCAGAGAACAUCUUGGAGAAAAAGAAGUUGAAUUGACAUUGAUCUUUGAUGCUGUAGAGGAGGCAGACCUGGCUAACUAUACCUGUCAUGUGGAAAACAGAAACGGACGGAAACAUGCCAGUGUUCUUCUGCGCAAGAAAGAUUUGAUCUACAAAAUAGAGCUUGCUGGAGGACUGGGAGCCAUCCUUCUUCUGCUUAUUUUGCUCGUGACCAUCUAUAAGUGCUACAACAUAGAGUUAAUGCUGUUCUACAGACAGAACUUUGGAGGAGACGAAGCAGCUGAAGACAACAAGGAAUAUGAUGCAUAUCUUUCAUACACCAAAGUGGAUCCUGAUGCAUUAGAUUGUGAUAAUAAUGAAGAGGAGCAGUUUGCACUUGAAAUUCUGCCGGAUGUUCUAGAAAAGCACUAUGGAUAUAAGCUCUUCAUUCCAGAUAGGGACCUGAUCCCUAGUGGAACCUACAUUGAAGAUCUCACAAGAUGUGUUGAACAAAGCAGAAGACUCAUUAUCGUGUUAACUCCAGACUAUGUUCUCAGGAGAGGAUGGAGUAUUUUUGAGAUGGAAAACAGACUCCAUAACAUGCUAGUCAGUGGAGAAAUCAAAGUUAUUUUGAUUGAGUGUACUGAAUUAAAAGGGAAAGUGAAUUAUCACGAAGUGGAAUCUUUAAAGCACACCAUCAAACUUCUCUCAGUGGUCAAGUGGAAAGGACCAAAAAGCAGCAAACUGAAUUCUAAGUUUUGGAAGCGCCUAGUCUUUGAAAUGCCAGGGAAGAAAAAGGAGGUGGUGUCUCGACAUCAGGUCCUGGAUUCUGCAGAGCAGGGCCUUUUCGGAGACCUCCAGACUGUACCCUCUCUUGCUGUCACAGGCACUUCUGCCACCUUGGUAGAAUCGCGGGCUGAUUUAACUGAUUACCAUCAAGCAGACUCUGUGCAAAUGAGACAUUAUUGCAGAGGAUAUGAAUAUGAUGUGUCAGCAGCAACAUUGCCAAUAGCUUCCAUAAGCAACCAUCACACAUACUGUAACAUACCUUUGACACUACUAAAUGGACAGCUACCUCUUAACAAUACCAUGAAGGAUCCCCAAGAGUUUCACAGGAACAACCCAUUGCUACCUUUAUCAGCAAAGGAGCUUAGCUUCACCAGUGAUAUUUGGUAGUGAAGAUCAGGCCUCUUUUGAGAUGCUUCAUGACCGCCGUGAAGACACGUU